GCUCCCGGGAGCGGGGAGAUGCCGACCCAGAGGGACAGCAGCACCAUGGCCCACACGGUCGCGGGCGGCGGCGGCGGCGGGGACCACUCGCACCAGGUCCGGGUGAAAGCCUACUACCGCGGGGAUAUCAUGAUAACGCAUUUUGAACCUUCCAUCUCCUUCGAGGGCCUUUGCAGUGAGGUUCGAGACAUGUGCUCUUUUGACAACGACCAGCUGUUCACCAUGAAGUGGAUAGACGAGGAAGGAGACCCGUGUACGGUGUCAUCUCAGUUGGAGUUAGAAGAAGCCUUCAGGCUGUAUGAGCUUAACAAGGACUCCGAGCUCCUGAUUCACGUAUUUCCUUGUGUGCCAGAACGUCCCGGAAUGCCCUGUCCAGGAGAAGACAAAUCCAUCUACCGGAGAGGUGCUCGCCGCUGGAGAAAGCUGUACUGUGCAAAUGGCCACACUUUCCAAGCCAAGCGUUUCAACAGGCGGGCCCACUGCGCCAUCUGCACAGACCGCAUCUGGGGCCUCGGCCGCCAGGGCUACAAGUGCACCAACUGCAAGCUGCUGGUUCACAAGAAGUGCCACAAGCUGGUCACAGCCGAGUGCGGGCGCCAUGCACUGCCGGCGGAACCACUGAUGCCCGUGGACCAGCCAUCCGUGCAUCCAGACCACACGCAGACAGUAAUUCCAUACAAUCCUUCAAGCCAUGAGAGUCUGGACCAAGUUGGGGAAGAGAAGGAGGCAAUGAACACCCGGGAAAGCGGCAAAGCUUCAUCCAGUCUGGGGCUUCAGGAUUUUGAUUUGCUCCGGGUAAUAGGAAGAGGAAGUUAUGCCAAAGUACUGUUGGUCCGAUUAAAAAAAACAGAUCGUAUUUAUGCAAUGAAAGUUGUGAAAAAAGAGCUUGUCAAUGAUGAUGAGGACAUUGACUGGGUGCAGACGGAGAAGCACGUGUUUGAGCAGGCGUCCAACCACCCUUUCCUUGUGGGGCUGCACUCCUGCUUUCAGACAGAAAGCAGGUUGUUCUUUGUGAUAGAAUAUGUGAAUGGAGGGGAUCUGAUGUUCCACAUGCAGCGGCAGAGGAAGCUCCCCGAGGAGCACGCCAGGUGGGUUUUUAUUCAUUGUGUGCUUGUGUCUGGUAUAUAUAUUAUAUAUAAAAAGGUCAAUUUAAAACAAGUCUUGGUCUUAUUCCAUGGGUUUCUCUCUCUUCUCUCUCUCUUUUUUUUUUUUUUAUUAAAGGAAGGACUACGGCCAGGAGAUACAACCAGCACUUUCUGUGGUACUCCUAAUUACAUUGCUCCUGAAAUUUUGAGAGGAGAAGAUUAUGGUUUCAGUGUGGACUGGUGGGCUCUUGGCGUGCUGAUGUUUGAGAUGAUGGCGGGGCGGUCUCCAUUUGAUAUUGUUGGGAGCUCUGACAAUCCUGACCAGAACACAGAGGAUUAUCUCUUCCAGGUUAUUUUGGAAAAACAAAUUCGCAUACCACGUUCUCUGUCUGUAAAAGCUGCAAGUGUCCUGAAGAGUUUUCUCAACAAGGACCCAAAGGAACGAUUGGGUUGUCAUCCUCAAACAGGAUUUGCUGAUAUUCAGGGACACCCAUUCUUCCGAAACGUUGACUGGGACAUGAUGGAGCAGAAGCAGGUCGUACCUCCCUUCAAACCGAAUAUUUCUGGGGAAUUUGGUUUGGACAACUUUGAUUCUCAGUUUACGAAUGAACCUGUCCAGCUCACUCCAGAUGACGAUGACAUUGUGAGGAAGAUUGAUCAGUCUGAAUUUGAAGGCUUUGAGUAUAUCAACCCGCUUUUGAUGUCUGCAGAAGAAUGCGUCUGACCCUCCUUUUCAUCUGUGUGUUCUGCUUCUGGGGCCAUUUAAUGCAUGGGCAAACCUGUUACCAGGCUGGAUACAAUUGACCAUUCGAUAGUUGCCGCCUGUAAGAAAACACGCAGUAUCUUCUGUUGUAGACUGUAAGAAUCAAUUAUCACAUCUAAGUUUAUGAAAAAGAAAUUAAAACUAGCUUCUGGACAAUCAUGUCAGAGUUUAGUUAUGCUGGUUUUUCAGAGGCCUACUGAUGAGUAUUAGUUACCUUUUUUGUUUAAA